CUCUGACUUUGCACACAAGGUUGGCGCCCACGACCGCGGAUGGACGCGCGACCUGCUGGCGCGUCUCGCGCAGAACCUCCCAGCCGAUCAGCUCGUCUUCCGCGGCCUCGCCCUUGCGUCGCCCGAGAAGCUCUAGAGGGAGAUGAGCGCGGCCCUGGGUUUUCCGACGGUGGCUCAGGUCCGAACCACGUUUUCCUGGUCCGCGAGGUGGCGCUGGAGGACAUCCAGCAGCGCGGGAGGUGAGUGUCGCCCGAGAGUUGCCGCAUCUACACCAAACCAGCCAGACCCGUCCGCUCGCUCGGCCGCGUCUCGGACGACCACCUCCGGCAGGCAAGGCGGCUGCGAGAGCAGCUCCCGGCGCGCGCGCUUGCUGUGGUCAGUGAGGCCCUCGCUGGAGGUCGGCGUGCCGGGAACCUUGGCAAUUCAGUUUCUCGCCAGAUCUGACGGCACCAUCGGCUCCUGCAUCCUUCGGGGAGCGACCCCUCAGGCACGCCUCGCGGCGUCCGCGAGCCAGCCCAGCAAGUAGCGCAGACUAAAAUUUAAGACCCAUCCGGCGUAUAGCCAUCGUUGUCGUUUGGUCUGGAUCUUGUUUUUGGGCCGAACCCUCUUUGAUUCAUCUGGGG